GCUGUCGGCGCGGCACUGGCUCUCCUCUCCCUCACCUGUGUGACGUCACUACCGAUCAGACAGAAGGGCCUCCACCUGUCCAGGUGAGCGCGCCUCCUCCGUCAUCACGUGACCUGCGCGUGCGUGUGUGUGUGUGUGUGGUUUCCGGCUGCGCGCGGGGCUGUGAGCAGGUAUCAGGUGAAGCGGAAGUGAAGAGAGGAGACGGGCUCGCGCGGCUCACCUGUCCACAGGUGAACAACCAGAAAACAAGAAAAUGAGUAACCCGAUCCCCUCCAACCUGAAGUCUGAGGCCAAGAAAGCCGCCAAGAUCCUGAGAGACUUCACCGAAAUCUCCAACAGGAACGGACCGGACAAACUCAUCCCUGCUCAUGUGAUCGCAAAGGCAGAAGGUCUGGCCAUCAUCUCCGUCAUCAAGGCCGGCUUCAUGAUCACCGCCAGAGGAGGCAGCGGCAUCGUCAUCGCCAGACUGGGCGACAGACGCUGGUCAGCACCGUCUGCCCUCGGCAUCGCCGGCCUGGGAGGAGGCUUCGAGAUCGGGGUGGAGGUGUCCGACCUGGUGAUCAUCCUGAACCACCGGAGGGCCGUCGAGGCGUUCACGAAGGGCGGGAACCUGACGCUGGGCGGGAAUUGCACCGUUGCCGUGGGACCCAUGGGCAGGAAUGUGGAGGCUGACGUGGCUAUUCGCAGCACAACGGCGGUCUUCACCUACUGUAGAUCCAGAGGUUUGUUUGCUGGUAUUUCUCUGGAGGGAUCUGGCCUCAUCGAACGCAAAGAAACCAACCGCAAGUUCUACGGGAGAGAGAUCCGUGCAUCGGCCAUUCUGAACGGUGACGUAGAGCCGCCGCCCGAAUGCUACGACCUCUACCACAUCCUGGACGCCUACACCGAGGCCUACACCGCCGAUUGGACCAGCAAGUACAUGCGUCAAAAGUCGUCUUUACCUCCAUCCAGACCUCCAGCUCCGUCGCAGAGACCGGCAAGCACCUACCAGAAACCACCAGCCAGUUACCAGCAACCGCCAGCCAGUUACCAGCAACCGCCAGCCAGUUACCAGCAACCCCCAGCCAGUUACCAGCAAACCAGUUACCAGCAAACCAGUUACCAGGAAACCAGUUACCAGGAAACCAGUUACCAGCAGCAGCCAGCCAGGCCGGGUAAAAAGGUCCUCUACCCGAGCAUCUCCGUCUACAAAUCUGAGACUUCAGAUCAGCUCGCCUCCAGAAACCCUCCACACUACGGUGGAGGGUCGUCAGUGGGCGGGGCCAGCGGGCAGCUGGUCGUCACGGCGACGCACCCGUUCACGGGUCAGCAGCCCGGCGACCUGAGCUUCGUCCCCGGCGACCGCAUCACCGUCGUCACCAAGACCGACUCCGAGUACGACUGGUGGGAGGGGCAGCUGAGCGACGGCCGCGUCGGCAUCUUCCCCGCCAACUUCGUCACGUACUGACGCCCCCUGGCGGUCUGACGGAGGAACUGCAGCGGAGCGGCGGUUUCUACGGCAAGCCGGAGGAGGAAUAUUUUAUGGUUGGGGUAACACGUUAGAGCUGAAGUGAUUAGUCGAAUGGAAGGAAAUGAAUCAUAAACGAAUUAAAGAAUCGAUCGAUCGUCGUUUUUUAAGCAAAAACACCAAAAAUGUGAAAAGUUUCCAGGUUGUGAAACAUAAGAAUUAAAGGAAGUAGUUACAAAUGUUCUCAAAAUAAAUGUAUUAUUAAUUUAUAAUUAAAAACUUCAAAUUAGUUUUCACAUUUUUAUAUGUUGAAAUAUGACCUGUUAUGUUCUGACUAAGCUUAAUAUGUAAAGUAAUUCAUUCAAAACCUUUUUAUUAAACAUGUUCCCCUUUAAUUCAGACCAAACUACAUCGUUCUCUCCAGGACACUAAUAUCUGCAUCAUGAGGUGUUGUUGGGUUUAUUUUUUUAUCGUAAAAUAUUUAAGGACUAAUGAGAAAAACUCAAGGAGACAAUUUAGUUUAGUUUAAUUAAUAAUGAAGACGACUUUUUCUUGUUAUAAGAUGUAAAUGAGUCUGGAUUCAGUUUUGUAGACGUAAGACAUUAAUAAUAUAUUAACAAUUAAAUAAGAAUUAACAAUUUUUAUUAGGAAUCGUAGAAAAAGAACCAAAAACAUCUGUUUAAACACUUUUAAAAAGUACAAAGUCUUUUCUCCAUUAAUAAAACUUCGAGCUGCCUAUUUAAGACUAAUUAAAACAUUUUCUUUAAUGUUCAGUGUUGAGUUCAGGGGAGUUUGCUGCGUGGGGAAUCUCAACACCAACUGACACCGCUGCACUUUGUUUACAUGGUGAUUUUUGUUUGUUUCCGUUUAAUUUAAUAUCAAAAACACUGACUUCCUGUCCUGUCCCUUCAAACUAAAACACAAAAAAACAAUAGAUAUUGACACAUUAAAUGUUUAUUAAAAACAAUAAAGGAUUUUAUUUUAUUUUCACUAAGAUACUUUAGAAUUAAAGCACUUUUCAAACUGGGUGAAGGUGAUUUUAUUUAUUUUUUUGAAAGGAAUUAAAUUUGGUUUUAGAAACAACUUUUAACUUUCUGGUAAAUAUUUAGUUACUUUUCUUCACUGCGUUCGUAUCAAACAGUAUUUAAAAGCUUAACUUGUGGGAUCUGUUACAGCAGGGUUAGGGUUUUAUAUCUGUUUAUAGAGUUCAUAUCAUGAUGAUGAUCAUGAUGAAGGUGAAUUCUGUCAGUUCUUUUGAUAAAAACAAAGGUGUGGUGUUUUUACAUAUUAGACUUUGUACACAAAUUAUAAAUAAAUCAAC